GGUGCGCGUACACACGUUUUGGAAAUCUCGUGGGUGAUUUUUGUUUGGGUUUAGCAGUAAAAAGGCGCUGUGUUAUAACUGUUGUUUAGGUAUUUAUUAUUUGAAAUCAGUUUCAGAAGUCGAGUCCAGUUGAGCGGCUGUAGUGAGGACCGGAGAGCAGCAUGGUUCGGUCAAAACGAGUCGUGCGAAGGCCCAAAGCAAAUAAGGUAGAGGAGUACGACAGUGACGAUUCUGCCUGCUAUAAAAACGAGGAAAUCCCAGACAAGAGAUCAUCCAAGAGUGUGCAGGAUAAAAUAGAACGUUUCCACAGUACAAAAAUCUCAAAUCUUUUGGCUCAAGGUGUGCAGCUGGACAGUGAACAAGAGGAUGAGGCUGAUGAGGAAGAGGUGAUGCCCCUGACACUCGAGGACUCGGAUGAUGAAGAGGAAGAGGAGAAUAGCAACAAUGAAGAACAAGAAGAGACCGAUAUGGAGAGUGAUCUGGAAGGAAAAAGGGAUGAUGAUCUGCCAAAUGACAUGGCCUGGGGGAGCAAGAAGAGAAUGUACUAUGACACUGAUUACACCACUAAAAAAGGAAAGCCGUUGGAGGAGGUAGAAGCAGAGGAUAAGGAGGAAGAAGAAGAAGCCAAGAACAUUCAAAAACGAUUAGCGGCCAACCUGAGUGAGGAAGACUACGAUCUAAACCUGCUCCAGGAGUUUGCAGUAGAAGUGGAAGCUGAAAAGACUACAGAGAAGGAGCAGAUGAUUGUUAAAGACCUAAACACAAUGUCAAAGAAAGAGAAGCUCAAACUGCUGAAGAAGGAGAGUCCAGAGCUCCUGGAGCUCAUUCAGGAUUUCAAGGCUAAGCUGACAGAACUGCAACACGAGAUAGAGCCCAUGGUGCAGAUGGUAAAAGAUGGACAGAUUCCACCAGGAAAGGGGGCAAAUUACCUCAUGACCAAGCAGCAACUUUAUCUUAACUAUUGCACAAACAUUAGUUUUUACCUGGUUUUAAAAGCCAAGAGAAUUCAAGCACAUAACCAUCCAGUGAUUGAGCGAUUGGUGACCUACAGAAACUUAAUCAAUGAACUAGGAGCUGUUGAUGCCAAACUCUCCCCUCAACUGCGCCAGCUGCUUUCUGAAAGGCAGGAAGAGAGAGCAGCUAAAAAACCACAGAGCAGCAAAAAAGACAAGCGUGAGAUAUCAAAGGUGGCAGAUAAGCAGGAAGCUGAAGAGUCUGACUUGGAUGAAGAGGCAGCCCUGCUCUUCUACAAAGGCAUCGAGGAGAGACUGAAGCGAAAGAGAAAGAACAAGAGGCUGCCGGAGGACGGGUCAAUGAUCGAGCAGGACGAGGUGGAAGAAGAAGCAGAGAUGGACGGAGAGGCUAAAAGGGGCAUUACCUACCAGAUGGCCAAGAACAAAGGACUCACUCCAAAGAGGAAGAAGAUUGACCGCAAUCCCAGAGUCAAACACAGAGAGAAAUUCAGACGUGCCAAGAUUCGCAGGAAGGGUCAGGUCCUGGAUGUUCGGCGCGAGGAGACGAGAUACACCGGAGAACUAUCUGGAAUUCGUGCUGGAAUUAAAAAGAGUAUCAAGCUCAAGUGAUCAGUCCAGUUAGAUCAAGCAAUUAAAAAGUCAAGACUAUACAGUUUGGGUAAAAUCGCAUGUUUAUUUGCGAUCCAUUUGUUAUGAUGUGCACAUCCAUAAAAUAAAAAAAAAAUAAUAAUAAUAAUAA